GGGGAGGAGACGGGCGGGGGCGCGCGCAGCGGGAGGAGGGGGCGCGCGCUUCCCGGAACAGCUUUCGCUGAGAGAAGAGAGGAAGAAAAUAAAACCCGCGGCCGGCAAGCUGAAGCUGCCGCCGCUGCUGCCUCGGCCGUGUGGAGCUCCCCCGCGCGGACGAUGCCUGCGGUGGCAGCGCGGGGCUCGGGGCGGUGAGGGCCGGGGCGCAGGGUAGCUAUGGAGACCACGAGCGCGGCCCGCGGCGCCGCCUGACAGGUGUGGGCUCCGGCGGCGGCGGCGGCGGCGGCGGCAGCGGCGGCUCGGAGCAGCAUGUACGCCAAGGGGGGAAAGGGUUCAACGGUGCCCUCCGACAACCAGGCCCGCGAGAAGUUGGCACUGUAUGUAUAUGAGUACCUGCUGCAUGUGGGUGCCCAGAAAUCAGCCCAGACCUUUCUGUCCGAGAUCCGAUGGGAGAAGAACAUCACGCUGGGGGAGCCCCCUGGCUUCCUGCACUCCUGGUGGUGUGUGUUCUGGGACUUGUACUGUGCUGCGCCUGACCGCAGAGAGGCAUGUGAGCGCUCGGAGGAGGCCAAGGCCUUCCAGGACUACGGCACUGUAGCGGCCCCCAGUCCUGUGAUGGGGAGCAUGGCCCCCAAUGACGCAAUGGCAGCCGGCCCCAUGGCACCUGGCUUCUUCCAGCCCUUCAUGUCACCAAGGUUCCCAGGGGGCGCCCGGCCAACCCUGCGGAUGCCGAGCCAGCCCGCCAUGGGCCUCCCCGGCUCCCAGCCCCUCCUCCCUGGAGCCAUGGACCCCUCCCCGCGUGCUCAGGGACAUCCGAGCUUGGGCCCGAUGCAGAGGGUGACCCCUUCACGGGGCAUGGCCAGCGUCGGGCCUCAGAGCUACGGAGGUGGCAUGCGGCCCCCACCCAACUCUCUCGCUGGCCCGAGCCUGCCCCCAAUGAACAUGGGCCCCGGAGUGCGUGGCCCGUGGGCCAGCCCCAGUGGCAACUCGAUCCCCUAUUCCUCCUCUUCCCCGGGAAGCUACACGGUGAGUGGGGCCGAGGCCGCCCGACCCCGAGGAGGGGUGCAGGGGUUGUGGGGUGACACAUGGAGGACCUUCCUCACCGCUCUGUCCCUCCCUGUGCAGGGACCCCCAGGAGGAGGUGGACCGCCUGGAACACCCAUCAUGCCCAGCCCUGGAGACUCCACCAACUCCAGCGAGAAUAUGUACACCGUCAUGAACCCCAUCGGGCCGGCCGCCGGCAGGGCUAACUUCCCGCUCGGGCCGGGUCCGGAGGGCCCCAUGGCCGCUAUGAGUGCGAUGGAACCUCACCACGUGAACGGAUCCCUGGGCUCGGGCGACGUGGACGGGUUGCCGAAGAGCUCCCCCGGCGCUGUGGCCGGCCUGAGCAACGCCCCCGGCACCCCGCGGGACGACGGCGAGAUGGCGGCCGCCGGGACCUUCCUGCACCCGUUCCCGAGCGAAAGUGUAAGCGACUGCGUCGACUCUCCCCCCGCGGCGGCGUCGGGCCGGAGGGGCCUGGCGGGCAGACCCCGGCGGGGCGGCCGGGGGGCCAGAGCAAGACCGUGACCGCGGCGGGCCAGUACUCGCCCGGGAUGACGAUGAGCGUGUGAUGGGGCAGAAGCCCCUUGCCCACUGGCAGCCUUGGCUUCUGCCCAGCGCCCGGUCCCGGACAAAGCCCAGAGAGUCGGGUGGUCUGCCGGGUGAGGGUCUGAGGUCACAUCUCGGUCAGCUGGACUCCUGGUCAAGCUUGGAGAGCUGGGAGGCCCCGCACGAAGGACUGUCAUUUUAUUAAAAAGCAAGGACCUCAAAGACGCUCUUUCCUGUGUGGGCCCUUCCAGCCAUUUGUUUUGCCCAGGGGUUCUUCUUGGGGAACCUUUCCCUUGGACAGCUGGGGGGCCCUAUCAAUAAAUGUAACUUGGUUUUGGUUUUUGGUA